CCCAUUGUUUCACUCUCCAUUGUCACGAUCAUCUGCUCAUUUUCAAAGAUGAGGGUCUCUGUCCUGCUCCCCCUGUUGCCUCUGCUGGUGGCUGGCCAAACGACGCCCCAGCAGGAAUACGAUAGCCUGUGUGGUGCCGGCCAAACCACAGGCACCACCACCCUGGGUGGUGCACAGUACACAUACCACUGCAACAUGCGGGCAUCGAACGGAGACAACGCUGGGAUGACUUCUGGAGUGAACACUCCGGCUGACUGUGCUUCGCGCGCGGCAGGUAACAGCGCUCUUGCCGGAGUCUCCUGGACAAGAGGCGGAAAAUGUGUGGUUGCAAACAGCGGUCCUCCCGUGCCCCAGGCGAAUACCAUCUUCUUUGAAAAGGUGGUCACUCCUACCUCUCCAUGUUGUCAGGAGCGAGACGAUUGCCGGACCCAGCUCCAGGCCUGUGAAACUGCCAGAGAUCAAUAUAAGACCGAGCGUGAUCAAUUCAAGGCCGAACGUGAUACUUGUCGGGCAGGAGGCAGCACCACUCCACCGGUUACCGGCGGUGGUUCAGUGCCAGACUGUCGAGGGCAGACUGGAAAUGCUGCUUAUACUGGCCAGUCUCAAGCAGGGUCUUUGUGGAGUGUCAACUGUAAUAUGGCUGGCGGCACCGGACUCAUUACCAGGCCUGGCCUGACAGUUCCUAGCCUGAAGGAGUGUGUUGAUGCAUGUGCAGCGCAGGCAACUUGCAAGGUGGCUACUGUGUUACCGCAAGCGAGAAACAACUGUCUACUGUACACCACCCAGUCGGCCUACAGAGCGCAGACCGGAGCCCACAUUGCAGUGAGAUGAUGAGAUGGAAAUAUCCUUCCCGGGCUGCUGAGCAGUAAAGUUGUGCAGAGCCGAGCAACAUGCCGAUCAAUAUAUUCUACAGUACUUGAUAGCUUCUCAAGUAGUGAGCUAGGC